AUCUGUCCCUCUCUCCCAUCAGAGAAGAGAUACGGUACGGAGUGCCUUGACGAAACCCCUUUGGACUUUCGGAACCGAAAAACGGACGAUAUUCGAUAACUAAACCGAACCGGAUCGAAGGGACUGUACUGUGCUCAGCCUGUCUGCCAUGGUCUCGGCUCCUCCACUCUGCAGCAGUGUGCACGACUGGGUCAGCAACGAUCACAUCCGGAUGUGUGGGAUCAACGAGGAAAGCAGGAGAGCAUCCUUCACAGAAGAGGAUUCAACUAACGCAGCCUCACAGCGAACAGUUGUGAAGGAAUGUUGUGUUACCAGCACUGUUACGCAGGAUGACUGCACUCGGAUGAACAAUGGUGAUGGAAGCACUGUUGAUAAAGAAGUCGGUGCUUCUACAGAAGUUCCGGAGAGCAUCACAGGUGACCCACCACCAUACACCCCAUCCUCAGAGCUCACACUGGAGAAGCAGGCCACACCCUCAGAUCCAUCGAGCCAGCAGCCGGAGCCGGAGAGCUCUCGGGACUCCAGAAGUCCAGAUGUAAUUCACAAGGGCAGCAGGUUAACAACGUUUCCUGAAGCCCGCCCUGUCCAGCUACAGAACUGCACCUCAUCAUCUUAUCGCACCCCCGUGAACAGAGCACUUUACCAGAAAGCUGAAGCUCCCACACCAAGCUUGGAUGGAGCUGCAUCCUUUCCAGGGCAGCCCUGUCCUGGUUGGAAUGUGGACGGUCCGGCUUUGCCUCUGAACCCUAGCUUGAGCGCAGCCAACCCUGCAAAGAGAAUGAAUCUACCAGCAGCCCAGGCCCAGCCAUUGGUCAAUCUUCCACCAGCAUUUCAGUGCCCUUCGAUUCUUAACCGAGGCCAACCUCUGGCCUUUCUGCCAUCUACAAACUAUGUACCCCCUCUGUGUAAGGUAACACUGCCUGCCACUUUGAGCCCCAUAGCAGCAUUAAGAGAAGCAACAGCAUCCCAGUUCAUGCUAGACCGACAGCACCACAGCUCGAGUCCCAGCAUGACGACGCAGCUGUGUUCCUAUCCUUACCAUUUCUCUGUGAGCAGAACCCUCUCUGUCAAUCCCAAAUUCCCUUCCAGUAAUGACAAGCCUCUGUGUAGCCGCUCUCCCUCCAGCUCUGCAUCUAGCAGCAAGCAUUCCAAACCUGGCACAGAGUUCUACUCCCCUCCUGUUUCUGUGGCGUCAUCUGUAACUCUUUCUUUGAAGCAGCCCAUGUUGGCUUCUGCUCCUCCGCCUCUUCCUCUGUCUCCUAAUUCUCCAAUCUGCUACCACCCUCCCAGCACCCUCGCUCUGACCAGCCUGCCGGCUCACACCGGUCUGCCGAGCCAUGUAGAACACAGGCCCCUACAACACUGCGUUGAUAAACCCUCCCUAGCCUAUACUCAGUUGAAAUCUCCACCUCGUCUUGAGGAACAGACAGUUGUCCCUCCGCCUGAAGUCAGGGACCUGCCUCUUGACUUGUCUGCCAAGUCCAAGCGUUCGAAGACCCUAAAAGACCUUCGAAAGACUCCGCCAAUGCCAGUGCUGACCCCAGCAGAGGGGGGCAGGAGCGAUUCCACAUUUGUGAAACGAUUACCUCAAAGCCACACCACCAGUUUGGGUGUAGCACCUCCUUUUGUGGUCUUUCCGGACUACUUAAGAAAUGGUGGUGCUCCUCCAAAGAAGUCUGGGGACCGUCUGACUUCCCAGACACUGGAAGCUUCAGGAUCCUGGGCGAAGAACCCUUUACAGAGUUCCAUCAGUGCUGUACCAGGAACUUACGUUGGGGUGGCUAACCCAGUUCUGGCUUCCACUCUGCGGGGCAAAGACGGCAAAGGUGCUUUUGUGGAUGAUCUCCUUAGCAUCGCAAAACAGGAAACCAUCUCCAUCAUCGACCAAGGAGAGAAGAUGACCUUGGCAUGUGGGGUAAAGAAGGCCCCCCAUGUGACCAAGGAUGUCCCCCAAAAGUUGGUCUCCAGGAGCCCCAACAGCAAUGGUUUUCCAGCAGGCAACAUGCCAAGUCCAUCCAACGAUGCAUUUCCAAUAGCCUUAUCGGAUCCCACUGCUUUAUACCCUCAUUACAAAUUCACUAACGAUAAAUCUCUGGGCUCAACGCCACCCCCUGAAGAGAGACCUGUGCUCCAGCAGCCAGCACUGCUGCCUAGCACUUGCAUCUCCUUGGCACAGACAAACCCCAUCCCUGGAAGUCUUAAGGACAGGGUGGCCAGCAGCAGUGAAAACAUCCUUUUGCAAAGCACUCCUCAUCUCACUGCUCCCUUAAAUUCCCACCGAGGAGUGGAAGAGAAGGGUAAGAAAGUCAGGACCCCCUUGUCCAACCUGGAGUCCAUAGUUAAAAGGAAAUCGAUGGAGAUAACAGGGGCUGCUUGUGGGGAUGAUUGCAAGCAGAUGACUUUAGAGUCCAAAAAACCUGACACAGCCUCCAGCACUGAAAACCAGACCAGAUCUAGAGAAGCAAGCAUAGCGCAUUUGCAUCCCAAAGCAGAGAAAGGAGAUGAGAGACUGACCGAACUCAAACGAAAUAAAGGACAUACUUCAAAUAGUACCCAAGGACAUCCGUCUGGGGAAGGUACAGUUGAACCCAAACUUGUGGACGAGGGCUUAGCUGUCUCUAGAUCGAGUGACCUGACUCCGGACAGCUGUAGCAAGAAGGAGACUCUUGUUGGCGAAUCUCAAAGCCUCCAAGAGGUUGAAGAGUUGGGGGUGAGAGAGGAGGAUCAGAAGUCGAAGGGUCUCUCUCCCAGCAUGAAGCUGGAAGGGAUUGCUUUAUCCAUCUUGAAGGAGCAGUGUGCUGCUGCUGCCGUAGAGAAGAAAAACGGAACCAAAGAGCCCAAGAAGCCAGCGAAGGUAAAGGGAACAGUCGGCAAAAAGAAAGGAACUGCAUUGAAAAAGAAGGCAGAACAUUCACCCGCCUCGGAGAAGAAGAAAAGAAAGUGCAUCCAAAAAAAAGAGGAGGGAAGCGAUACCAUUGAACAGGAGCCUCCUGUAAAGAAGCGAAGGAAGAGGAGGGCGACUGCUUUGGAGGAGAGUGUGGGGGAAACACAAACUGAAGAAGUGAAGCGGAAAAGGAGGAGACGGGGGAGAAUGCCAAAGCUGGGAUCUGUAUCACUGAAGGACACAGGUGGCUGUCCAGGGAACGAGGACAAUGAUCGCACUUUGCAGAAAGAUGUGCAUGUGGACUGGUCGGCUAAGGAAGGAGUGCCCAUGGAGACCACCCCCAAGCUGAGGCGUGGCCGGCGGGCCACGGCUCACAAAGACCCCAGGAGCCCCUCUUCCCUCACCCCCCACCCACUCAAGCCACCGGAGCGCCCGCGAGCAGCCAGGGGCAGACCUCGAGCCAGCGCGGCGGGGCUGGUGCAGGCAGCGGUGGGGUACGAGAGCAUGGAGGAGAGCCCUGCCAGAAAGAAGAGGAAGAGGCGCAAAAACCGCAAAUACCAGAACGGGGAGUACGUCACCUACCGGGAUCAGACAGGACAGGAGCAGGCUGAGCAGGGUGUCGUCACGACCCGGCGAGCGGUGCGAGCAGGUUUGAGGACUGCACAACUUGCAUGUUCCCAACUCAGCUCGGCUCUGUCCUGUAAGUGUUCCAGCCCGGAUCCCAGUCCAGGGAACGGCUUCAACACUCGCUCUGGAUCCCUGCGGAGACUUUCCCAGUCUUCCAGCCCUCAGUGCAGGCAGCCAGAGCAUCACUGCGGUAUAGCCGGGAAGGAGCAGACGGAAAAGCCUUUGGGAAAACGAAAGUGCAAAACAAAGCACUUGGGUGAUGCAGAGGAGAAAAAGGUCAAGAUUAAGAGAGGAAGUCCAGUCAAGCACUCUGGCGGGCUGGAACGGGACCGCCCAUCUCCGAGGAAAUCCCAGGACUGCGGCUCUCCCGCUGCGGUCCCCAAAAGCACUUGGUCUCCCCAGUGCGGCAGGAGAAGCAGCGUGGCCAGGGGGGCUGCUCCAGAGACCCCCACAGGCAGGCCGGCCCCGCCAGAGGCACGGCGACUGAUUGUGAACAAGAACGCUGGAGAGACGCUCCUGCAGAGGGCAGCACGGCUCGGCUACCAGGAGGUGGUGCUCUACUGCCUGGAGAAGGAGGUGAGUGAGGUCAAUCACCGUGACAACGCCGGCUACACAGCCCUGCACGAGGCCUGCGCCCGGGGCUGGGUCAGCAUCGUCAGGUUACUGGUGGAGCACGGCGCUGAUGUCAACUGCAGCUCUCAAGAUGGGACAAGACCUAUUCACGAUGCUGUUGCCAACGACAACCUGAAUGUGGUCCAAAUCCUGCUGUCCCACGGGGCUGACCCCACGCUCGCCACUUACUCGGGACAGUCAGCCAUGAAGCUGGCCAGCAGCCAGCCAAUGAAAGUGUAUCUGACUGAGUACUUUGCAGAUUUACUGGAUCGCAGCGAGGAAGAUCCGAACAUCCGCUGGGAUUUCUACAGCAGUUCUGUGUUUGAGACGGACAAGGGGGUGUUCUGGGAUUUGUUACUGACCCCCCCGGCCAAGGAGGAGGAGGAGGAGGAGGAGGAGGAGAAGGGAGGAGAGGAGGAGGAGGAAGAGGAAGAUGAGGACUCAGGCUCAUUCCUGUUUGAGUUCUCAGAGGAGCCCCUGCUGCCUUGCUACAGCAUCCAGACCUCCAUCUCUCAGAGCUCCUGCAACUGGCUGCUGCUCUCGGAUGUUCUGAAGCGACUCAAAGUUUCUGCACGGAUAUUUCAGGCUCGAUACCCUCACUUCGAGAUCACCUGCAUCCCAAAGGAGGAGUUUUAUAAACAGGCAUCUGCAAGCCAACUAACGCAGCCACCCAAAGACCUGCAGGAUCCCGUUGAGCUGGCGCGCUGUGUUCCGGACUUGCUUGGGCUACUGGGCUCCUCCAUACAAAUAUUAAGAGGAGAAGCAGACAUAGCCGUCAAUACCAACCGAUAAAUUCCUUCUGGUUUAUCACUUGUGAUUUGCUUUCCUUUGCUUUGCUGCGUAUCUGGGCAGGGGCGUGGAUCAAGUGUGGCCACCAUUUUCCUGCAAGGGGGUGGCCGUCAUUCGCACUGAGGGCUAGACAACGUUCUGAUAUUCAGUAUUUAAAAGGUCUCAUUAAAUUUAUUAUUUGUAAGAGUUAGAUCUAUAAUUAUACAUACAGUGUUUAAAAACAAAACAAAAAAAGCCAGUGCUCCUCUAAUAGAAUCCUGUUUUAGUUUUGUUUUUAAAAUAAUAUAUUUUUGGUGAAGAUGAUAGCAGAGUUGUUGUUGGUUUAUGUUGUUGUCGUGUUAGCAUCCUGAAGUGUUCUUGUUUACCAAAUCAUGAGAGAGAGAGAGAGAGAGAGAGAGAGAGAGAGAGAGAGAGAGAGAGAGAGAGAGAAUAUUGCCUGCUUGUUAGAAGAGUGAACUGUCCAGGAGUAUGAGAAAGAUUAAGCCAGCAUACACCAGCUGUAUAAGCACAAAAACAGUGAGGGACAAAAAGGGCCAUUCAGCUGUUUGUUUUCCUUGGCAGGUUGUAGAUUGUGUUCAUUUGGUUCAGCCCAUGCUGUUCGCCCAAGACAGAUGAAGCUUCGAUUGGAUGCAGGCAUGGUCGGUCAGGAAAGCCCUUAACAGUGUAAGCUCUGUAGCAGGGUUUUGAAUUAUUAAAAAUGAAAAUGCUUUACUUGCAAGUUCACAUCCCAGUAGCACAGAAAGUAAGUUCUGUCUAUCACCCGGAAAUCAGGUACUCUUAGUUCAAAUGUUUUAACCACUGCUGGCCAGCUCUCACAAAUCACUAAACAUCUGGUUUGAUGUUGACGGGUCUAAGAUGUGCAGAUGUCAAAAAAGCGAUUCCAAAUAAAAAGUGCAGUCUUUGCAGGGGUGUAAAUACAGCAGAUCUGAAAGGCCAGAUCUGAAUCUGACUGUAACGUCUGAAUCCUAUACCUUUGGAAGCCUCGUGUAUUGACAUACAGAUCAGAGAAAGGGGGUUAUUGACCUGCUACACCAUCACCUUCUAAGAAUACAUUGAAGGGCAAAAAAAUGAGGACUGAUUAAAACAGGAAUAGUGAUGCUUUAGCCCGUAGCAGCUUCACAGUGCUGUAUUAAAUAGCGUGUGGCUACAGCGUUGCUGUAUUUUUUAUUUGAUCCUGGCCUUGGUGUCAGCACUGCUAAGUGUUUACCACACUGGUUUCAAGAAUCCGUUCCAUUGUUUUUGCCCUUCAUCCAGGUCUGCCAAAGACUUUUCAAUGAAACAGGAAGAUACAAGAUUGAAUUACUGGAAACUGUUUAAAUGGGAGCUUUUGAGAAAGACAGAAAUUGCACAAAAUUAGGAGAAGGGCUUGUGCUCCUUCUGAUUUGAACAGAGCCCACGAUCCCCCCCUCUACCUAGAUGAUGUACUUGUGCCACGGUCACUGAGAUUUGUUUUAUAAUUUAAAGUAAUUCAGCGUUUGUUUCCUUGCUUUAUUUAAUAGAUCUUAUUAUAAUUGUUAUAUUUUGUUUUGUGUGUGUGUGUGUGUGUGUGUCAGAUGAUUUAACAAGAUUGCUCUGUAUGGUUGGGUGCUGUUUAUGGAACAUACCAUGGAAGAUUUUGCUCAGUCAGAGUAUAUUUUGUUUUCCUGAAGUAUUUUAACAAGCAAGAGUACAGUUUUAUUGUACCUGAUGCUAAAAAAAAAACAACAAAAAAAAACAAAAAACGAUGUUUUGUGUUUGACAAUCACUUGAAGUUUUCUUUUGAAGUUAUAUAAAUAAAUAAAUUAUAAGAAAAGGAAAAAAAAAAAGUAAUUAUGAAUUUAGUUUUCCAGCGUAGGUUAUCCGCUUGUCCUGGGUAGAAAAACAGAACAAGGCGAAAUGACUUUACAGCAUCGUUAACAAGUAACAGCAGAUCUGUUGCUGAUAAAAGAUAUUAAAAUGAAAACAUUUUAAACUUUUUUUUUUUUUUUUUUUUUAAAGAAACAACAGAA